ACUCCCUGUUGUUUUCCGGUCUGAGAUUCUUAUUUAACGUCAGGAACAUUUGGACCUCAGGAGUUUCAGUACAUAUAAUAUAAAUAUAAUAAUAUACACAUAUACAUAUAUAUAUAUAUAUAUAUAUAUAUAUUUAAACUGCAUUUAAACAGUUAAACAGGAUGAACGCGAUGCAGCUGCUGAACAGGGUCCGAAUGCGCGGCCUCCAUGUGUGUGUCCCCUCAAUGACCUUUGACCUCAGGAAGGUGGAACUACUUCCUCUCGAUCACAGGAAGUUGACCUUCGACUCUCAGAGCGUCUGCAGAGAGCUGCAGGAGAACGGCUUUGAGAAGCGGCAGGCGGAGCUCGUCGUCUCGGCUCUCGUCUCUCUGACGGCCGCAAACAUGGACAUCGUUUACAGAGACAUGGUGACCAAAUCCCACCAGGAGAUCGCCCUGCAGCAGAUGUUUUCUCACCUCGACUCCAUCAGGAAGGACAUGGUGAUUUUGGAGAAAAGCGACUUCGCCAACCUGCGAUCAGAAAACUCCAAAAUGAAGCGCGAGUUGGAGCAGAUCCAACACCGACUGAAGGAGGAGAGUCGGAAAGUCCGAGCGGAGACGAAACUGGACAUCAACCUGGAGAGCAGCCGCAUGGCCGACGUGUUCAGCGAUCAGGAGAAGAAGCUUCUGGAGGCGAGCAGCGACUUCCACCACAAGAAAGCGGAUCUGGAGCACGACAACAUGGAGAUCAACAGAAAGAUCGACCUGCAGGUGGCGUCGCUGAAGACUCUGCUGGAGUCUCUGAAGCUGGAGACCGUCCGCUACCUCGCAGCGACCGUGUUCUCCUGCCUGGCCAUCGCUCUGGGAGUCUACCGGCUGUGGAGGUGAAGAAGAAGAAGAAGCUAAAUUAUUCAAUAAAAAACUAAAUAU